GAGACAUAGAUUGGUCAGUUGACCGAGAGCUACGUGCUAUCACGGUUAUCAGUUUACCACACAAGUUAUCAUUGUAAAAUCACCAGAAUUUAGCUGACUAAUUUUGCUUCUGUUGUUCAUUCGUGAUUGAGUUCGAUUGAUUUUCAUUUUGGUAUCAAAUUAGUGAAGCUAAAGUGAUUGCAAAAUGAGGCUGGUAGCCUCUCUGAUUCUAUGUGCUGCACUUACUGUCUCUGUUGCCUACCCGGAAGGCUGUUCGCAUUGUUGGUUACAGAAUAGAAGUAGAUCGAAGAGGAGUAUCGAUUUCAAUGAUGUUUUGAAGCUCCCGGCAUACAGAAUGCCGAGGGAUUUGAAGCCCAUUAGUUACCAGCUGGAGAUCCAUCCGUCAACAAAAAAUGGAACAUUUGAGGGACGAGUUUCUAUCGUCGGGAUUUGGUCGACUGAAGGGUCGCGGAUAAAGCUUGAUGCACACGUCGAUCUCAAUAUUAUUGAUGUCAGCGUCAAGUGCUUGACUGCCAAUGGAGAUACUUGGGAGCCAGCAGACAUUGCUCGAACAGAGCACAACUGCCAGAAAUCGGAAUACAAGAUCGACCUCGAGCAGUGGUUCGUAUCAGGUCGUAAAUGCCAAUUGAACAUCACCUACACCGGGAACAUUACUUCCAGCGAGACUGCUGGCAUUUUUAUGAACUCAUACCUGGACACUCAGGCCAAGGAGCACACAUUCGUCGCAACAUAUCUCAUGCUGAAUAAUGCGAGGCGGCUCUUCCCUUGCAUCGAUGAGCCGGAGUACAAAGCUACGUUUGAAUUGAGUAUCAUCAGACCAACAAAGAUGAUGUCCAGGUCCAACACACCGCUAAAUUAUACUGUUAAAGUACCCAGUGAUCCAACUUUGAUGAAAGAUGUCUUCGAAAAAACCCAAGAAAUGUCGACGUACCAACUCGCCUUUAUGGUAUCCGACUUUGAGAGCAUAUCUCCAACUAGAUCAGUGAAUCCUACGGAGGCUCGCAACCCCCUGGAGAUUAAAGUCUGGGGGAGAAGGGAAUACCUGAGUAGCCUGUCAAAAGUGCCGAAUAAAAUUGUGACUAUUGUCAACUAUCUUCAGCAUUACUUCAACAGUUCCAUUGGUCUUCCCAAGUUAGAUAUUGUGGCAAUGCCCAUGUACACAGCUACUAAGGCCGCUGAUAACUGGGGACUCAUGUUCUUCAGGGAGAGCGAAUUAAACAGCCCCCUGGUAUGGAAUACCGCAUACGAACUGAUAUAUCAAUGGAUUGGCCAGAGAGUCACUCCCUUCCGUUGGAGCGAUGCAGAAGUGAACAAGCCACUGAACUCAUUCCUUGCUUCCAAAACAACAGUCGAUAUCGAUCCCAAUGAAAUGGAGGGCAAGUGGCCAAUGACGUUACUCUACUCCCUUUAUUACGAAUUCGGCAAAACUUUUCCAUUCUCAAGAGUAGCUGGAAUAAGGCACGAAGCUCUUUCCGCUAAGACUGAGCUCGUCUUCCGUAUGUUUAACUACACGUUGGGACAGGAAGUAUUCAGAAAAGGAGUGCAGAAGCUUAUCCAUGAAUCAUCCACGAACCGCAGUUUCUAUAACAAUGACAUCUUCUCUUACCUCGAAACAGUGAGGGUACAAAACAAUGUAACCCUGCCGGAUGGGCUGAACAUCAAUCGUAUCGCUGCUCCAUGGAUAUUCCGUAACCGUGUGCCACUGGUAACGGUAACGAGAGAUUACGAAACCGGAAAUAUCACCAUCACACAGUCUGUUUAUUUGCGCGAAGCAGCUCCGCCUUCCAAUGAAAAAAUUUCAUAUCAAUGGGAUAUUCCCAUUGUCAUGAUAAAUGAAGAUGAGCUGAACUUUACAGCGCUGAAGACCAACUUUUGGCUGACUAACACUGACUCUCAUGUUACUGUGAAGGACACAGUUGAUAAAAACAAAUUUAUCAUCGUCAAUCCGGAAGAGAUUGGCAUGUUCCCGGUCAACUAUGAUAUGUGCAAUUGGCAAAUGCUGAGUGAGUUUCUUCAAGGACCUCAGAGGGAAACAAUUCCAGUUUUGACGAGGGCAAAAUUGCUGCACGAUGCUUGGAAUAUGGCAUACGCUGGCAAUUUUUGCUUUAAAGUUGCAUUUAAUAUGACGUUAUUCUUGAAGAAUGAGACCAGUCAUGUUGUGUGGGAGCCAUUCUUCACCAUGAUUGAUCAUGUUGGCAGGAGAAUUCAAGGGUCUGAGAAAGUUUCCGCCAAAUUUGAGGCGUAUAUCUUUAGUCUCCUCCAGCCGCUCUACAAAAAUCAAUUGGGAGAAAUUCCGCAGCAGAAUGAACCAUCGUGGAAAGUUCACAUGAGAGGUCUGGCGAAAAACUUUUUAUGCCGAGCUGGAUACGUUCCCUGCGUCAAAGAAGCCGAGGAGCAAUACAAAAAGUGGAUGAAGAAUGAUGAGCCUGAUGAAGGAAUCCCUGUUGCUAAUGAAUUCAUCUGCCCCGUAUUCCGCUGGGGUACAAUGGAAGAAUGGGAAUUUGGUCUACAACGUGUGAUAAAUUUCCCCCAGAAAACGAUAGAACGAAAACAAAGCGAAAGAACGUAUCUGUUGAAGACACUAGCUGGUUGCCCAGCGGACACAAAGAAGAUUGAACGUCUCCUGAAUGUCACAAUUCUCGACAAAAACUCAAACUUCUCCGACUCCGAUAUUCACCUCGUCUACAGCACACUAACCGGCAGUGCAACGGGUUACUCAACCCUCUUUGCUUUUCUCGUGGACCAUUGGGACACUGUUAAACAGAGAUUUGAGAGCAGGAAACACCUCUGGAAUGGAAUUGUCAAUUCAGCAACGUCAUCUUUCAGUACUCAAGAGGGAUACGACAUGGUUUCCGAAUUUUAUGCAACUAAACAGGGUGAAUUUGAUACUGCUGAUUCGGUGAUGAACAAAGUCCUUCAGGAUAUUGAACAAGAGGCCAAGUGGCAUGAGAAAAAUAUUCCGGUAAUCGAAAAUUGGUUGAAGAAACAUCUUGGAGAUAAACCCUCGGAGCUUAUGUCAUACGGGAGAUAAACGACUACUGUCAGAACUAUAGAUGGAUAAGAGGGACGAAGAAGGGGGAGAAUUUUUAGGUUUAAAAACAUUGAAUUGAAAAAUCUAGAGCUGUUGUGGGUAAUUUGUUGGUAUAGGGUGUCAAUUUAAAUUUUCGAAGCUUUUACGUACAAUUUUCUACAGAUAUUUCAUAGAAUACAGUCAAUACUGUCUGAUAUCCUAAAAGGGUUCGUUCUCUUACGAUUUUUUCUAUUGAAAUUCGGGGAUCCCACUUUUUUUAUUUAUGUCUACUACGAGAAAAUAUACUCUGUAAAUUUAUCCUUCAAGUUCCCCAGAAAUAGAUCAAUUUUUUCGUUCAAAAUUCCAUCAAAAAUCGCAGGCUAAAAUUUUAGAAUUACCAAUAGAAUUUUAUUAAAAUUUUUUAAUGAACGCGUCAGGGUUUUCAUUAGAUUUUAGAUACGUAUUGUAGUCAAGUAUUUGAAAUAUAUUGAGAAAUAGAAUAUAGAUGUUUUCUGAUAACAUCUGUGAAAGGAGGUCAUCCGGGAAAUAGUAAGUACAAGAAUAUCUUCUUCUGUCAUUGUCUUAAUUCGGUAUUUAUUUAAAAAAAUAAAAAGGUAAAAAUUA